AUGCAGUACACACCGUUUGCCUCCGACAUCGAGUUGCCAUUCUACACGGCUCUAGCCUCUCUGAAAAUAAACCAUGACAAACUCGACGAUGCGGCGCGCAAAUUACUGGGUCUCUAUGAGAUCCGUCUUUCAGAUCCUCCUAACGCUUCAUGCCGCAUGCAGAUACAUGGGAACGCCUUGACCAGCGAUGAAAAUAUGGACAAGACUCAUAUGCUCCAACAAGCCGGUCAAACAAUCUGGGAUGCUAUAAACGACGGCACUAUCUUCUCGUGUCCAUCCCUCCUGUCAUCCUUUAUCGUUCUAUCGUAUGCAGACCUGAAAAGGUACAAGUUCCACUACUGGUUCGCGUUCCCAGCUCUCCACUCAGACCCGUCAUGGAGUCCACUGAGUGCUGCAUCCGACAAAUCCGCGGAUGGAGACGCGCCCACGAGGACUUUGUCAUCAGAGGAGAGCUCAACCCUUGUGGAGGCCGUCCAGACGUGGAGUUACAGUGUAGAUGCACGCCAACGUGGAUUUUUCCUCGCUCGGAAAUGCCCAAGGGGCGGUUCACAAUCUAGGACUCAUGGCCAGGCGGGUGGCGAGGGCGCAGAAGGAUCCCAAGCACAAGGCAACAUUUCUUGGAAGGUCGCUCCUCUCUCCAGCUUUGAGGAAGGCUUCUUCGAAGACGCUAGCUUUGAAGACAGCUUCGUAUGCUUUGUGGAUCCUUCAAACUACCCCAGUGCACCUGGCUGGAUGCUGCGGAACCUGUUGGCCCUUGUGAAAUAUCGCUGGAAACAGAACAAGGUGCAGAUUUUGAGAUAUCGCGACAUUCAUUCGAAGCGUGACCAACCGCAUAGUGCUGUGAUGGUUCUAGAAUCGAAAGCCCCGCAGCGUGAUUCGAAUGCUACAGCGGCAGGGAGCUCUGCAGAAGCUAUGCCAAAGGUGACGGGAUGGGAACGCAACCCUGCGGGAAAGCUGACAGGCAGAUUGAUUGAUCUUACGGAAUAUUUGGACCCUAAGAGAUUGGCAGAUCAGUCUGUCGAUUUGAACCUCAAACUCAUGAAAUGGCGAAUUAGCCCCAAUCUGGACCUUGAACACAUCAAGAGAACUAAGUGUCUUCUCCUCGGAGCAGGCACUCUUGGGAGUUAUGUCGCCAGGAAUCUGAUGGGCUGGGGCGUCACUAAAAUCACAUUUGUAGACAACGGGUCUGUAUCCUUCUCAAAUCCGGUCAGGCAACCCCUUUUCGAUUUCAAGGAUUGCUUGGAAGGGGGCGUUAAAAAAGCAUAUCGAGCUGCAGAGGCCUUGUCCGAAAUUUACCCGGGUGUCGAUUCAACUGGACAUGUGCUUGCCGUACCGAUGGCUGGCCACCCCGUUGUGGACGUUGAGAAGACGCGAUCAGAGUUCGAAACUCUGAAGAAGUUGAUUGAUGACCACGAUGCCAUUUUCCUCCUAAUGGACACGCGAGAAUCGCGUUGGCUGCCGACCCUUAUGGGGAAGGCCAGUGGCAAGAUUGUUAUGAAUGCAGCUCUAGGAUUCGACUCUUUCGUUGUUAUGCGCCAUGGAGUGAAGAAUGCGGACGACGCAGCAGCGUUAGGUUGCUACUUUUGCAACGAUGUCAUUGCACCUAUGAAUCAUCCUCAGGGUGCUGCAGCUCCAGCUCCAGAGUCACGUUACGAUGACCGAGGAGACCAUCCACUGGGACUUGUACCACACCAGAUCAGAGGAUUCCUUCCGACCUUUGAAAACAUAUCGGUAGUGGGUAAGAGUUAUAAAUGCUGCAGCGCCUGCUCAACGAGCAUUCUUGAAGCGUAUGAGAAGGACGGCUGGGACUUCGUUCAGAAAGCGUUGAAUGAAGUAGGAUAUGUCGAAGAGCUGAGUGGCCUCAAGGAGGUUCAAAGGACAGCUGAAGCAGCGGCAGCUGAGAUUGAAUGGGAUGAGCCGUCGGAUGAGGAAGCAGAGAUCGUCUAA